AUGUUCAUCCAGACCGAGCCCACACCAAACGCGGACGCACUCAAAUUCAACCCUAACAUGCGCGUCCUACCCGAAUCCAUAUCGUCUCCCUUCCUCGAAUACGUCUCGCCGCGCAGCACUCUUGCGCCCCCGCAUCCAUCUCCGCUUGCCGCCCAGCUCAUGAACAUCGACGGUGUAACAUCCGUCUUUUUUGGUGUGGACUACAUCACCGUCACAAAAGACUCGUCUACACCAUGGGCGCACAUCAAGCCCGAAGUGUUUGCCGUCAUUAACGAAACCCUUACCUCUGGCGCGCCAGUCGUCAACACAGUGGAAGCCAAGGCAGGAGAGGAGGGCCAGGGAGGAUCGGAGGUGGAUACCUUGGCCUACGAUGAAAAUGACGACGAGGUUGUUGGCAUGAUCAAAGAGCUCCUCGAGACCCGCAUUCGGCCCGCAAUCCAAGAAGAUGGCGGCGACAUUGACUUCCGUGGCUUCGUAGACGGGCAAGUGCUGUUGAAGCUGCGCGGUGCGUGCAGGACGUGUGAUAGCAGUACGGUGACGCUGAAGAAUGGAAUUGAGAGCAUGUUGAUGCAUUACAUUGAGGAGGUCAAGGGCGUGCAGCAGGUAUUGGAUCCGGAGGAGGAGAUCGCUCUAAAGGAGUUUGAGAAGUUUGAGGAGAAGCUCAGGCAGCAGAAGGGAAGUGUACCUGCGGCCACGACGGGCAAGGGGAGCCUCGACACCGUUGAGUAG